CUACUCGAGAUCGGUAGCUAUCUCGAAGGAUCAUUGAUUGAUCCUGCACUGUUUUUACGCUUCAACCAAUUGAACUACGAUCUUGAGAUCUAGAUCAACCAAUUUCAUCUUUCUUGAUAUUUCGAGUAUCUUGAGCAUCUAUCGAUUACUUACGAGUUACGCACGACGCAUCCGACAUCAGUUAACUCCCGCAAUUCCAUCUCUUGAAAGUCAAGCUCGAAAACAAUCUACGCGACGAGAACCGUAUCUAUCCACUAUCAGCAAGAGAGAGAUACAGCCUAUACCGAAUAAUCCAAAGAGCUAGAAAUAGAAUCAAAACCAACCAUGUCCGCCGCAGCGUCCGCUCCUUACCUUCUUUCCAAAAUCGGCGACCCCAUAUUCGCCCUCGCAAUCGGCGCCUCAGCCGCCUUUGUCCGCAUCCAGCGCGAAGAACGAGAACGUCAUCCGGACCGCGCGAAAGAGAUCGGAAUCAAGACCAUCUUCGACAUCGGACAGCGCCGAGUCGGGAAGUGGUGGAGGGGAGAGUUCAAGGAUCUUUGAUUUGGUUCAAACGAGAGAGAGAGAGAGAGAGAGAAUACGCGAAGUGGAUAUU